AUGGCGUUGCACAUGAACAUACAGGAGUUGUUGGUAAUCGGGGACUCCGAUUUGCUCAUAAAUCAAGUAAAAGGAAAUUGGGCGACCAAAAACGAUAAGAUACUCCCAUAUGUGAGUCUGGUACAAAGAUUGUGCGGGAGAUUCAAGAGUAUUGACUUUAGGCAUACCCCAAGGGCUCAAAAUGAGCUCGCAGACGCACUGGCUACAAUAGCGUCUAUAAUCCAGCACCCUGAGAGUACCUACAUUGAUCUAUUAGAGAUCACACUGAGAGAAGGGACGGCUUACUGCGCCCAUGUCGAGGCCGAGCCAGAUGGCCAACCAUGGUAUGCUGACAUUAAGGCCUAUCUGGAAAAAAAGGAGAUUAUCCCCCAGAGAGUUCAGCAAAUCAAAAGAAGACCAUCAGGCGGUUAG